AUGUCAAUUUCAAUUAAAUUACUAAUUCCAAUCUUUUUAUUUUCAAUUCUUUUACCUUCAAUUUUAAAUGUAAAAUUUCCUAACAAAGAAUAUCUUGAGUUUGUUGAGGAAUUUACUAAUAUAAAAAAAGAAGAAUUUUCUAAAUUUUUAAAUAAUUCUGUUUUUCUGAGAGAUUUGUUAACACAUAUUGACCAAUAUAUAGGGGAUUCUAAAUAUUUAAAAACAAAUCCAAAGCACUCUCAACUAAGACAAGCUAGAAUGGAAUUUUGGACAAAUUUUAGGGAGCAUUAUAAUUUAAUGCAAUACCGUGACCUUAUUGGACGUGCAUUAAUUGUAAAAGGAGCUAAAACUGAGGAAAUCGAAUAUAAACUUAAUAGAAUGAAAGAUAAAGAGGCACUCGAUAUAUUACGAGAUUACUAUGAAUAUUGUCAACAAAAAAUAAAAGAUAUUGAAAAAGAGAUGAACGAGAAGGCUAAUGUAGGUUUUGGGGGUUUAUACCCUUUCUCAAAAAAUAGAUAUAUAAAUUCAAACCAAAAUUUAGGUUUUCUAAUCUCCGGUAUCGGAUAUCCUUUUCUGUAUAUGUAUAUCCUUUUUCGGCGCCGUAAGCGAAAAUUUUUUAAAUUUAUAGUGGCCGAGAAACUAGAAAUCCUCGACGCUAAAAAAUGAAGUUUUUUCAAAAAUUCGAAAACUAAAAUCGAAAAUAUCACCCAAUUUUGGCAUCGUAAAUCGAAAAUCUAAAGUGAAACCUCGAAAAUCGAAAUUUUGAUACAGCU